CUCUCUCUGUCUCUCUCUCUCUCUCUGUCUCUCUGGUUAUAGUAAUAUAAUGUAACGUUUACACCGUGAAUGACUUGAUUUCUCAUUGACUCUCACGGCUGUAUAACUAAUCAACCCUGUAUACAUUACUACAGUACAGGUGUGUGUUGCAGAGCCUCAAUCAGCGUAAUGACUUCACCACAAGAACAUAAAUCCAUCAUAACACAGCUGCUGGGCCUAGAAAUAGGAUACAUAGAAAGGAUAAAAAGCUACUGUUUUCAUCCAGAAACAGAGUUAAUAGAAUCCAUCUGGGUAAUGACUCCACAACAACGAGCACAUAAAAUUCAUCAGCACACAAAAAUAGCUUGCCUACUCAGGCUAGAAAUAGAUUUGAAAUUUUUAUUUUAUUUUUAUUGUGACUGACUAGAAACGGUAGAACUAAAUGGGUUACACUUCUACUGUUUUAGUCUAGAAAUGUAAUGAAUAGAAUCGAUCAGCGUAAUGACUCAAUCACAGAAAUCCAUCAUCACUCAAAUACAGCUACCGCCCCUGAGGCGGAAUCCUAGAAAUACAAUGAAUAGACACAGCGACUGAAGCCCCAAGCGUAGAAAUAAAGGAAAGGAACACAGCCUUUUGACUUCAUGACUCUCAUGAUAUCCCACAACCUGAUCCCGCCCCCCCCAAGUAAUUUCUCUCUCAAACGUGAGUCAAAUCUAUCCUGCAUGCUGUGCUUUUCUUUUAACCUCAUAACUGUGUGUGAGUCUAUGCUUUGUAAUGCUGAUAUCCUUGUGUAUCAUGUACCUGCUUGGCUGUGUGUGUGUGUGUGUGUGUGUGUGUGUGUGUGUUGUGUAUUAACCGGUGUCUCUGUGUCCUCCAGGGUUUGAUGCUCUUGGGGACCUGCUGAAGCCCACAGUGCCGAACCAUAACCAGCCUCCCCCCAUGGCCCUCCACCACCCCCACCCAAGUCACCCCCAUCCAGGGUACCACCCAGGGGGCAAGCUGCUGGCCAACGACCUGGACUCCUCCCUCGCCAACCUCGUUGGCAAUCUGCAGUUCGGAGGAGCCCCAGCCAAGAAUUUGUCUCUGUGUGCCCCGGUGUUCAGGCCAGACAUGCAGUGGAGCCAGUCUGGAGAGAAGAGACUAACUGGGGGACACAACUGGCAGAGUAAGACCAUGACCAGCACCACGGCCUGGAACCCUGUUCCCAUGGCCCCCGCACCCAUGCCUGUACAACACCUGAAUGGGAUGUUCUAUGCUGGUUAUGCUCCAGCUCCUAUGCCUUUCCCCAUGACCACACCGCAAGUGCCUAUGUAUGGAAUGGUCCCUCAGAUGGGUCAGAUGGGGGGUGUACAGGUGAUGGCCCCCCAGCCCAUGAUGUACAACCAGCCUGUACUCAGACCCACAAACCCCUUCUCCCCCAUGCCUGGAGCCCAGAUGCAGUUCAUGUAAUUUCAUCUGGGGGAGCAGAGUGAAUGAUGGCAUAAAACACACACAGCGGACAAACGAAGAAAAGAGAAACGAAUGAAUGAAAGACUGAGGGGCAGACAGAAGAAAAACCAACCAACACCAAAUACAAGAGGAGAGGAAGAGGGAAGAAGAGGCUGAUGAACCCGGGAGAUGGAGGCUAGAGCAAGGAAGAGUGUUUAUGAUAUCAUAAAGGCUUACCUCUCUGUCUGAAACA